UGAAUUUUGGCAUUUUACAUUCUUCGAGAUUGGUAUUAUGAAUCGGUAGGUUAUGUCCGGUUAUAACGAAUAUUCUCGUAAUAAAUCACACUUUAACAAGAAUGGUGCGUCGAUCUGCGUUGGUUUACGAUCUGCUUCGUACCGAGCAGCCACCCGAUGGCUUUUCUAAGAAGGAGAUACUGACGCACAUCAGCGACAAAUAUGACAUAGCGGUCGGUAAGGCUCUUCGGAGAGACAUCACCGUCGCUUUACGUCGUGGUCUGGACUUCGGUAUACUCGCUAAGAAGAGAAACAAAUUCAGGUUUAAUCCUGACUUUUAUCAAACUACAAAUUCAAGACGCAAUUUACUAUCAGCAACUACUAGAAAGAAUAUGAAUACGAAAAAGAAGAAGAGGAACAGUAAGAAGAAAACAACUGGCAAAUCGAAUGUAACUAAAGAACGGCGACAGCAACGAAGACGAUCUUCGAAUCGUGGAAGAAGUAGAGAUCGUAAACAAUCAAACCCGGUACCACAACCUAAAUUGCCCAGACCGCCUUCGUGGUCACCGAAAAGACGACUCCUUAUCGAGGAGCCUAUACCGAAGGUCAAACAUUUCUAAAUCAGAAUAGAUCUCUUCAUUUAUAAUUUUUAUUAAAUUACGAAUAUUCAAUAUUCGUUUAGAUAAAUACGAAAUUGGCUAUCAUAAAAAUAAAUUGAUACAAUCGCGU